AUGGAGGAUGUUGCAGCAACGAUGCAGGACAAGUACGGCAUGACGAAGCAGCAGAUGUUCAAGGAUGUUUCUGAUUGCUUCGACGAUGCUGGCGGGUGCAUCUUCCAUCUCCAGGUCUGUACCAAUAUGUUGGUGGAUGACCAGAGCAUCAUGGAGCAAUGCAAGGAUUAG